AGACAUCGUCUUAUCCAUUUGCUUCCUCCUGGAUGAAGAAACUCAAAAUUCCUCUCGGAACAUUAUGCAGAAGACAUCCAGCCCUCGACCAGAUUUCUCUCAUAUAUAUAUCCAAUCCUACCCUCAUUCCAUUCCCCGCUAUAAAUCCUCUCGCCGCCGUGUCCGCCAUUUCUCCGCCUCCUCAACACGGCGGAGCUCCGCCGCCGGCCACCGCAUUAAUUAGGCUGAAUUAUGUUACUGAGGAGUUCUUCCACGCCAAUUUUGAAUCCAUGGAAACCCAGUUCGGUAACCGGGUCCGGGUCCUCACCCGAAACUAUAUCCCCAAUAACCCGAACCCGGUUGUUCUGCCCGACGAUGGCGGCGGAUGUGACUUCACCGGAGGUGAAUUCUCCGGCGAGUUCGAAGAAAAGCCUGUGGCCGCCGGCGACGAUUAAUUAUAAAGAGACGAAAGACGGAGGUCCGGCCGGAGGGUCCAUUUUCCUGUCGAGCUCCGGAUUGGGCGGCGGAGGCGCCGGCGGUUCUGGGUGGACCUGCGGCGACGGGAGAAGCUCCGACGGCGAUCCGGUGAGCUGUACGGAAGCUUAUUACGAGACGAUGAUAAAAGCGAAUCCAGGGAAUCCUCUGUUGCUGUCGAAUUAUGCUAAAUUUUUGAAAGAGGUUAAGGGAGAGCUGAGAAAGGCCGAGGAGGUAUGUGGGAGGGCCAUUUUGGCCGAUCCUAUGGAUGUUAACUAUAUGAUGUCUGUAUACGCCGAUUUGCUGUGGCAAAUAUACGGCGACGCUAAAAGAGCCGACGAGUAUUUCGAUCGGGCUGUAAGAACUCAUCCCGACGAUUGUUAUGUAUUGGCUUCAUAUGCUCGAUUCUUGUGGGAUGUCGAGGAUGAAGAUGACAACGAAGAGGGUUACGACUCGACAAGACAGUUGUGUGAAAUGUCGUCGGAGAAUUCAUAUUCAAAAUUGCAUCAAGAAAUGUGUCUCCGGAGGCCUCCUUUGGCCGCGGCUUCUUGAUCGAUUUCGUAUAAUUACGUUUCGAAAAUAAUAACAAAGAUUACAUUUUGGAAUAUGAGACACUCAUUGCAAUCAGAAACAUGACUAUGAAGAAACGCAGCAGACGGAUCGCAAAGUUGCAAAUAGAUGCACAAAGAUGACUUCAAUAGUAGACAAAAUCAUGAUUCAAGACAAUCUCAUUAUUUUCUCCUAAAAUUUCUAACAUAGAUUCUAGCGCAUAACAUAUUUAUAUACAAUACACAUACAAAAAUAAACAAAAAGUACACAUGAUUCUCCUAGUGUAACUUGUCUUGUCGGCCUAGCUUGCAGGAUAUUAGAUUCGAUC